GUCCCGUGUAAACAAUGGAAGUCCGUUCGCUUGCCAGUGUUCAAAAUAAAAGGAAUCACAAGCAACACGCUGUUUUGACAAGGAAUACACGAUAUUGAGAGCACAUUUAUAAAAUACGUUGUUUCUAGGUUUCAUACAUGAGGAAGUACGUCAUCACACAGGCACAUGUGAAAACUCACGAUGAAGGCGUUCAGCUGGAUUUAAACACACUAAAAACCACAAUCAGCUGAUAAAAUAAAAGCAGUUUACUGUGCAUCCAUGAACACACGUGUCCAUUAAAACAGACUUCAUUACAAAAAUGAGUAAACGAGAAGACGAGGGAUGCCACCGAAAACGAAAGACAGAAGCUGGACCGAAAUCAGAGGAUUGUGUGAAUCCGAAUUCUGCUGUCAUCGCUGCUUUCAAAGUAUUCCAGCAAGAACUCGACACCAAGCAUGAUAAAUAUGAGCGUUUGGUGAAAAUCAGUCGAGAUAUCACCAUUGAGAGCAAAAGGACCAUAUUCCUCCUUCACAGAGUCACCAGCGUUCCAGAUGUUGAGGAGAUCCUGAACGAGGCAGAUGUGAAACUGGACAGUGUGAGGCAGAAGAUCGGACAGAUCGCAGAGGAACUGAAAGGAGAAGAUUUACACCAGUUUCAUAGAGCGUUUACACCAGGUAUUCAGGAGUAUGUCGAGGCCGUGUCCUUCCAUCACUUCAUCAAACAUCGCUCGCUCAUCAGCCUGGAGGAAAUCAACGCUCGUCUGGUCUUCAUGAGAGAAAAUAAUAAGGGUGAAGCUGAGGUUGCAUGGACCGGCCCGAGCGUAUUGACCUUCCAUAUAACGCCGACCGACUACCUGUUGGGCGUAGCGGACCUAACGGGCGAGCUGAUGCGCAUGUGCAUAAGCAGCGUGGGCAACGGCGACAUAGACACGCCCUUCCAGCUCAGCGGCUUCCUGCGGGAAAUCCACGACGGCUUCUCCUACAUCGGCAACACGGGACCCUACGAGGUGUCUAAGAAACUGCACACGCUGCGGCAGAGCCUGGGGAAGGUGGAGGACGCGUGUUACACCCUACGCGUGCGCGGAUCCGAGAUUCCCAAACACAUGCUGGCUGACGUGUUCACCAGCAGGGCGGCGGCGCAUUUGGACCCAGAUGAUACGAUGGUGUGAGAUUCCGAGAUGCAACGCGUGUCCUUUCAUGUGCAUGUUGGACUUUGCAAACUGACUGGGCAAAUUAUUGGUGUAUUUUAGUGUAAGACUCAUGUGUUACAAUGGUUGCAUGUUGUUAACAUGUUUGCUUCUUCAGUUUUGAGCUGUUGUAUUUCAUAUAAAUUGCUAAGUGUUUAACAGGUGUUGUUCCUUCGGUUCUACCUGAAAGUUAUAAACAUGUUUACUAUUAUUUUGAAAUCAAGAAGCCUCAGAACUGUCAAUAAAACUGGUUUUGGUACAAACUUUGACCCUCUGGCUACAUCUCAA